AUGGCUACCUGCACUGCGCGUGUCAAUAGAUUUACAAGGCCACCGUUGCUUAGUGACAAAGAUAUAAAAAAGAAACCAAGGGGUUUUGCCGAAGAGAUUUGUAGUACGGAUGGAGAUGUCACCAUGGUGAAAUGGCUUGAUAACAAACCAGCCAACUUAGCUUCCAAUUUCGUUGGUAUAGGAGAAAAAGAUAUGGUGAAAAGAUGGUCCAAAACAGAGAAUAGAUUUAUAGAAGUCGAGAGGCCUGAAAUUGUAAAAAAGUACAAUCACGCCAUGGGAGGGGUAGAUCUCCUUGAUCAACUUAUGAGUUAUUAUAGAACGUUUAUAAAGUCAAAGAAGUGGCCUUUGCGUAUGAUAUUCCACGCAUCAGAUUUGGCAGUUGUUCAAGCCUACCGCGAGUAUGAUAUGGAUUGUGACUUGCUUGGGAUACCAAAAGCAAAACGGCUCGCACUUCUUCACUUUCGUCGACGCUUAGCUGAAAGUUUAGUUCUUCGAAACAAAAUAUCAGGUGCUAAAAGGGGUCGUCCAAGUAGUUUGAGCAGUCCUUUACCAGUAGUUGUUCCUAGAAGACCAGGAGAAGUACGUCCGUCAACUGAAAUUGCUCGAGAUGGUAUUAGUCACUUUCCAGCUCAUGACGAUGGUUGUGGAACGCGCUGUAAGUUAACGGGGUGUAAAGGGAAAUCCCGCAUCAAAUGCAUAAAGUGCAAAGUGCACUUAUGUCUGACUAAAGACAAAAAUUGCUUCCUAAGUUUUCAUACCUAA